UAUUAAUUAAUUGAUGCAUAAAUAAUUUUGAAGGUUUAAAAAGCCGCCGCAUCACUUGUGCUGAUAUGGCGUCGGAAGCAGCGGCCGAGACGGCGGCGAAGCCUAGAGGCGGUAGGCUUUGCACCAUCUGCAACACCAAGCGAGCCGCCCUCAAGCGCCCUAAAACCCUCGAACAAAUAUGCAAAGACUGUUUCUACGCAGUUCUAGAAGACGAAAUUCACAGAGUGAUUGUGGAUAAUCACAUCUUCAAGCGCGGCGAACGCGUCGCUAUUGGAGCUUCUGGAGGAAAAGAUUCAACUGUGCUUGCAUAUGUGAUGUCCGAAUUGAAUCGUAGACACGAUUACGGGCUCGAUCUUUUCUUGCUUUCGGUUGAUGAAGGAAUUACUGGAUACAGAGAUGAUUCACUUGAAACUGUUAAAAGAAAUGAAAUUCAGUAUGGAAUUCCUCUUAAAGUUGUCUCGUAUAAAGACUUAUAUGGGUGGACGAUGGAUGAGAUUGUGAAGCUGAUAGGUCUCAAGAACAAUUGUACCUUUUGUGGUGUUUUUCGUCGCCAGGCUCUCGACCGGGGUGCUUCUCUUUUAAAAGUAGACAAGAUAGUUACAGGGCAUAAUGCAGAUGACAUUGCUGAGACAGUUCUACUAAACAUAUUGAGAGGCGACAUUGCAAGGCUGAGUAGAUGUACUUCUAUUAUUACGGGUGAAGAUGGGCCUAUUCCAAGAUGCAAGCCUUUUAAGUACACCUAUGAGAAGGAAAUUGUGAUGUAUGCAUACUUCAAACGGUUGGAUUACUUCUCAACCGAGUGCAUAUACUCUCCCAAUGCCUAUCGUGGCUUUGCUCGGGAAUUCAUUAAAGAUUUGGAGAGGAUCAGGCCAAGAGCUAUACUCGACAUCAUAAAAUCUGGUGAAGAUUUUAGGAUAGCAACCCAUACAAAAAUGCCAGAGCAGGGAAACUGUGAAAGGUGUGGUUACAUCUCCAGCCAGAAAUGGUGUAAAGCUUGCGUUCUACUUGAUGGACUUAAUCGAGGUUUGCCUAAGCAAGGUAUUGGUCGGACGCGAGGCCUGGAUGCCGAGCGCAACAAGGAUUCGAGAGAAACUAAUGGAACACAGAGUUUGCAGAGCAAGCAAUGUGGAUCACUUGACUUCUGAUUCAGUGGUGCAGUUUGGUAUGUUUGAAAUUCCUUAUGUACUGUUUAUAAUGGGAAGCAGAAGCAUAUCAUAUUUAUUUGGAUAUUUUUGUAUUUUCUGUACUUUUUAAAAACACUAUUUAGGAUUCUUUGGACUAAUGAAAUUUUGGUUUAGCUUUAA